UUUGCUUUUGUCAAUUUUCCUUCAAUUCUCCAAACCAUAAUUCUUCUUGAUCUAUGGCCUCUGUUGAACCUCAAAACGAGAGAAAUCACGUUUACAGGUUUUCAACAUUGCCUCAAUCAGAAACCGAAGCUAAUAAUCAUGAAGAACAACCAUUAUCAAUCUCCACAAACACAACAAUUCCAACCAUUUCCGACGAUAUUUACUCAGAUGAAAACAUUAACAUUAGCCCUCGUACCUGCGAAAAAAUCCAAGACGUUGUCGGUCUCACAAUGUUAAUAUUACUAAUAUUCUUACCUCUUUAUAGACGCUUAGGAUCACCAAAACAAGACCCAAUCCCACCCAUUUUCAACCUCAAUUCAAUGUACAUUUCAAAUUUCACCAUAGGAACAAAAGGACUCGCCGCAACGUGGGACGCGAAAUUCACAAUCACAAACACAAAUGUCUCGUCUAUAUACUUUCGCAGCAUUGAUUUCACAAUAUUUUACAAACAAAAUCCAGAAGAUGCUCUCUCAAUUGCUUCUUCGUACCCUUUUUAUUUGGACCAAGGUGAGUUUAUAAAGCUGCAUUUGAAAUUCAUGACUACGGGGACAGCGGGUUGGGAAGCUGAUCAAGAACAGCCAUUUGUGGAGAAUAAUUUGGUGGAUGAAAUAGGGAAAGAUAGAGAUAGAAAUAAUGGUACAUUGAGUUUUGGAAUUCAAACGAAGGUUCAAGCUAUUUAUUAUGGUGAAACAUGGGUUUCUGAUGUUGUUAUGACACCUUAUUGUGAAGAUUUGAUGGUUCAUUUUUUUCCUAAUAAGAAUUCAGGAAGGUUGGUUAACCCCAACAGGAAUUUCUCUGUUCCAAUUCAUUGGAAGCCAUUGCCUUUCUUUUGAAAUCAAGGUCAUGUAUUUUUCAUGUCAAUGAUUUUAGUUCCUUUUUUGAUUUGUAAUGUAAUUAAGGAAUUUAUGUAUGUUUAUUUAGACCUGUUUUAAAUUUGUUUUACAUGUUACAUAGUCUUUGAAAUUCAGUGAGCAACAAAAUAUAUACACGUUUGCUUUUAAAAUGUCAUACUCAGUCAAUGUAUAAUAAAAAUUUAUUACGGUUAAUAA